GAACACAAUUUUAUUAGAUAACGACUUUAAUUUCGUUUUAAAAAUCUGGAAAUUGGUAUUUAUAAACAAAGAUUGGUUCAAUGGAAGUGUUAUCAAGUUACGUUAAAAAAUUGGAUCAUCCUUUAAAGGAAAUAAGGGAGCGAUCAUUACAAUUAUUAACAGAAAAAUUGAAAUUGGGAUGGCAGUUGGAUGAUGAACUUUCUUGUAUACGGAAACUAUUGGAAUGUUUGCUGGCAUGGUUUAAAGACCAAAACCCAACUUUGCAAUGUGAAGCUUUAUGUCUGCUAUUAAAAACAAUUAAGACUAAAAGUGGGACAUAUAUUGUUAAAGAAAUGGGUAUUAACAAAAUCCUAAGUGACUUAAAAGAAAUAAAAAACAAAGUUGACAGUGAAGCAUUGGCUUUGUUUGAUGAUGUUGUUGAUACAUUGUAUUUCUUAAAGACAGUGGAAUCAGAGAAUGAUUUAGUACCACCUCUUAUUUUGGGAUCUAGUACAAGUUCUGAAAGUACACAGAUAAAUGGUGACUAUCAUAAUUCUCAACAUGAGGAUUUAAUAAACCAGCAAGAUUUAUUCAGUUUGAAAUAUGAUAGGAAAGCAGAGAGUUCUACUAUGUCAAUCACAUCAGAUGGGAUCAAAGUACUAUUAUACCCAUGGGUUGAUAUUUGCCCAUCCGAUUUAAAGACAAUAGUUUUGCUAGAAGAUGCAUUGAAAGUUGUUAAAUCCACAAGAAGAUGCUGUAGGUUCAUACGGGAUGUAUUUUUACAUGACUUUCCUCCAGAAACAUUUCUUAACAGACCUACUAUUGUGAAUAUACUAGUAAUGAUAGCAGAUGGUCAACAAACUGGUAAUCCUGGAGAAGCUUUGAAUGUUUUGCUGUGUGUAACUCGUGCCUUACAUCAGAGACUUGAACAAUUAUUCUCCAUUGAAUUAAUUCAUACUAAAAGAAAGGUUUCUAUAGAUGUAAAAGAAUCAUAUGAUGAAGUGAAUGCUGAGUUGGAGAAGAUUACAGGUGGUUGUAAUAUGCAUGGUGUAGAAGAUUCCCUUAUACCUUUGCGACAGAUUCCUGCACCAAUAUUUGCAUUAAACACAGCUCAUUCAGUGCUGUGUAUUAUGUCAAGAAGUAUUGUUUUAUUAGAUCCUAAUGAAAAUGAAGCACUUGGGAUGAGAGAAUUGAAUGUAUGUUUGGAUUUGAUUGAUUCACUUAUGCAGUUAUUGUUGAAAUGUGUUUCUGAACAAUUUUGGACAGCAGAGCAUAGUUACAAAACACAUAAAGAUAUAGCACAUAAAACAUGUAUGUUAAUGCGAAUGUUGGGUGACCUUUUGAUAAAAUAUAGAAAAUCCUUUUUGGAGAACACAGAACGUGAUCAUCACCGGAUAGCUUGGUUACGAUUAAUAGUUAAUGCUGAGAAACUUCUUGAUUGGGCUAAAAGUUCCCUGCUGCCUCCGUCUUCACUUAUUGCCGCACUGCAAGCUGCUCAGUUGGACCCAGUUAUUGAACUGCUUUAUCCAGAUUUGAGUACAAAAAUCGACAACUCCCUUUCAAAUUGCAAAUCAGUUGUAGAUCAAGAACACAAAAAUAAAUACAAAGCACUCAAAGAGUUAUAUACGAGUAUGGAUUUUGCAGUUAAAUUCAUGAAGAAUAAAAAUACUGAUAGGAAUUUAAAGAAUGUUUUAACAGAAAUCAAGAAUUCUAUUCCGAUUCUCGGUUUGCAUCAUAGUGAAGUUUUCUUGGAGGAUAUUUCUAAUAUUUUACUGUUUCAAACGAAUAAUAUGUCUGAUGAUAAUGACUGGUCUUUUGUCAGAAGUAUUGCAAUAAAGUUAAUGUCUCAUAACAUAGAAUGGGUUAAAGUAAAGUUUUAUAAAAAGUUGGAGGUGAUGGUGAAUUCAGUUUUGUUCAAUAAUGAGGUAUACCAAAGUGAACACGAGCAGUGUUUGAUGUUGUUAUGUGACGUUGGUAUUUUGACUGAAAUAUGCUGCCAUGGAUUGUCAUCGAAUUUGGAACAGGUAAGUUCUAGUGCAUCAGAGGUGAUGCUGUACUUGCUGCGCGGUAGACUGGUGCUAAGCGAAGGGUGUUGGUGGCGGCUGCUGGCCAGCCUGCUGCCAAUCCUGCCGUUACUGCACGUGUACGCCGCGCAUGACACGCCCAUAGGAAAAGCAAUAUGCAAGUCUCUUGAACCCGAUAUAGUGGAGCGUAUGGGCGUUUCGUUUGCGGAGAUGGUCAGCGGUCUAACGAGACUUUUGUUCGUCAAGUGUGUUGUGGUACAGUUGGAAGCGGCGCACGCGCUUUGUAGACUUUUAGACGAUGACCGAUAUUUGCCCCCUCGAGAGUCUCUACGUUCCGAUUUAUUGUUGAAUGCGUUACGAAGAGUGGUGCCGGAGGAAUUUAAUUUGGACUCCUCAUAUGUCGCAAAGAGUCCACAGACUGCAGGAUUAGUUCAAAUAUUGGAAGUAUUGAAGCAAGAUCUGCAUUGGGAGGGCGUGAGCAAGUCGUACGUGGCGCACACGGCGCGGCCCGGCCUGGAGCCCUCGCUGCGGCGCAGCACUCUGCAGCAGUUGGCGGUGCUGCUGCGACAGCACGACUCGCAUCAUACAUUCAUACAACACGAUGGAGUUAAUCUUAUCGUAUCUUUAUUAAGGUUAUCAUUGAUGGUGGAGGAUUACUUGGCGUUCCCAGAAUGUGCCAUCAGCUGCGUCUCCGUUCUAAACAGCGUGUGUUUCACCAGUCGACAUAAUUUGGUCAAAAUUACGGAUUUACCUUUACUUUUGAUACGAGUGAUGCUCGUGUUCCCAUCCAAUGAGUCGUGCGUAUCGAUGUCGGCUCAGAUCCUGUCUCUGGUGGCGUGGUCGGGCUUCGUGCUGCAGGACAUCGACUCCUCGCGGCAGAAGGUCCCCGCGCUGCCGUACUGCGUCACUGAACGCACCUCUCUACCUUUUCAUGUUACCAGCUAUUGGAACACGAGUCCUAACGCAGAACAUUGUACUUUGGAAUGGUUACUGAGUGAGGAGGAAUGGCGUCGUUGCGUACGUAUACGUUGGUGGUGUACAUGGGCGGGCGAUGUGUUUUUUAAUUGUUUGUCCGACAGUCACGCGUCGCUAGUGUCGCGUUCGUCGAUGGGCGUGUCUGAGUACGGUGCGUUGCCAUGGCAACACGUGCGGCGCUUCCUGUGCGCACCGCCCGCCUCCGCCAACGACACCGCGCUGCUCCUGGCGCUGCUGCGGUUCAUCGUCGCUUACAUGGACAAUGUUCCAUCCAACCGUAAAACUAUGGGUUGGAUUAAAUCGUAUUUUAUUUGCAAUGACGUGUCUGUGAUCUCUCUGUUGAGUCGCGGCCGUCUCUAUCCACAACAGACUUCGCAAGAGGAUAUCGAAGUUAUUCAGCUGCAUAUUCACAUUGUCAAGGUUGUAUGGCGCUGUAUAAAACAGCUAGAAACACAAGACGAUUAUGAUGUAAAGCGUAUGGAAAGCUUACUGAAGAUUUUGUUGUCUUGUCUUCAAAACAUUGAUAUGAAGAAUUUUCAUACGCAAGGAUACUUAAACGAGAUAAUGCGGUGCAUACGGUACGCACUAUACUCCCGCUACUGCCAUCUAUCGGAGGACACGUUAAUUGAAGCUCUCAAUAUAUUAACGAAGACGUUAUCUAACUGUGGAGUGGGCAGCGGUCGUAAGGGCCAAGGCUGUAAAAUGGACGCCCUGCUCGCGUUGAUGGCUAUUCUAAGACAGAUAUAUGAAAAUGAUGUUCCUGUACAGAGAUGGAGCGAGGCGUGGUGUGGCGGCGCGCUGCAAGCUACGGCGGCGUGCGUGCGUGGCGAGCGCGCGGCGCUGCGGGCCGCCGCGCUGCACGUCGUAGCCGCGCUUGUGCAGUACACGCAGCUGAUACCACAUAUAUUGCAAUGUAUAUCGAACGAAUCGAUAUGUCGUUAUGCCCUGGACAUUCUGGUGCGAUGCAGUGAAGCGAACAUCGUGCGCGCGGCGGCCGCCUCGCUGCUGGCCGCACUCACAGCCCGCGCCACGCCCCACUCCACUGUUUUUGAAAAUGAUAUAAUUCAACAGCUAAAAGAAGCAGACUUUGUGGAGAGCUGUUUGCAAAUUUUCGUAGACUUUUGUGACGAGAAAAAAUAUCAACAUUAUCUUCAGCCCAAUAUGCCAUUAUCUGUAUUGGAGCGCCGAUCAGAGCUGGAGGUGCGAGCUCGUAAGAGCGGGGAACUUCGACUGUCGCCUUCCGAAGAGGUGGUGCAGCCGCCGCCGUCGGUAGACCUGGUGGUGGCCAUAGCAGACGUCAUGCAUAACAUCAGCGCUUUCAAACAUUGCCCUAUCGACUUGUGGAAUGAACAAGGAGUCUAUAGACAUAUGUUCAGAUGUGCGUCGUGGAGUAGCGGGAGCUGGCAGCAGCGUAGCCGCGUGCGCGCCGCGCUGUGCCGCGCGCUCACCGCGCUCGCGACGCGCAAGUGCGUGCGCACUUCACUCGCCAAUACUAAAGACUGUCUAGUCAAUUUACUCCUCACUUUGACCACAACUGAUACAGGUGUACACGAGGAGGUGUCAGCGCGCACGCAGACGUUGUCGUUGUUAGCGGCGCUGGUGGCGGAGCGCGCGGCCGCAGACAUCGUGUGGGCGGAGCUCACACACAGACAAGCCACGCCCUUCUUCCAUAUAUUGAUGCAUUCACUUAAGACAGACGAUGAUGAAGUCCAAGAUGCAGCUAUGCAUUGCCUGACGCAGCUGAUCAAAUCUGCAUCGAAUAAAAAACACGAGGAUAAAUCUAGUGACGAUUCGUUGAUUGAGUUCUUCUCUAACUUGAGAUGUGAGAGUGUGUUGAGCGCAAGAUGCGGCGCGGGUGACGCGUGCGACGCGAGAGACGCCGGUGACGCGAGUGACGCGAGAGACGCGAGAAACGCGGGCGAUGCGAGCGACGCGAGUGUCGCGACCCGUGACAAUUGCCAGCCAGACUACCUGUGCGAAGAGAUCUGCAAACUGCUGUUAAUUAAAUUCCAAGAUCUAUUCGACAAGAGAAAGUGCGACGCCAGUCAAGAGGAGUUGUGGGUGCGCGUGUGCAGCUGCCUGUGCGCGCUGGUGUCGUGGAGCGCGCGCGGCCGCGCGUACUGCACACACCGGCGGGCGGCGCGCGCGCUGCUGGCGGCGCUGCGGGCGGCGCGCGACCACCUCGACAUGCACGGCAAGCCCGCUGACGUCAUCAGGAAUGCCAACCACGAGGCUGUCCUGAACACGUUGUACUGGCUGCUAACGUUAAUAAACUGCAUGAUGGUGGACUGCUUGCCGGCUAAGGAGGCGUUCGCGGAGAACAUAACGUGCAGUCUCAACAAGCUGUGGCCGUGGUGCAUGAUGACGGACCAGCUCAGGACUGCCAUCAUGCAGCUGCUGGUCACUUUCACCAACGGCUGCCCCAAAGCGUGGGCGUGCAUGUGCGCGUGCGUGGGCGGGCGCAGCGUGGCGGGCGAGGUGUGCCGCGCCGUGCCGCGCGCCGGCGGGCCGCUGCUGGCCGCGCUGCGCACGCUGCGCCACUGCGCGCCGCACCACCACUGCCGCCACAUACUGCUCAAGGGCGAGGUGCUGUCGUACAUGAGCAAGACGUGCGGGCGCGGCGCGUCGUGGGGCGCGGCGUGCGGCGAGUGGGCGCGGCUGUGCGCGGCGCUGGCGCGGCACGCGGACGGCGGCGCGGCGCUGCUGGCGCUGCCCGCGCUGCGCCCGCCGCACCCGCGCCUGCUGCCCGCGCUCGCGCACGCCGCGCACCACCACCGCGCACCCUUCCUGCACGCACCGGAUCUGCUGGAGUUCCUGUCGGCGGCGCUGCUGACGGGUAACACGUCGGAGGUGGUGCUGGCCGCGCGCGCAGCCUGGGCACUCGCCGCUAACAAUCACAGGGCGAAGUUAGUGCUGCGAGCCGCUGGAGUGAGCUCCGGCGUGCAGUCAGCGCUGCAGCGGCUGCAGCGCACCAACUCGGAGGAGGCGCAGCAAGCGCUGCAGCUGCUCACAUACACCAACCAUGUGCUGCAGGCCACCUGACAUGCAAAUCAUUUACAAAACUGUACACUUUGUAAUAUUCCUUUAUUAUUAGUUAUACUUAAAAGACAAUCGGACGUAUACUGAAACGACAUUUAACACUUUAGGCCCCAUGUGUAUCACAGUGUCUAGAAAACUGUGUAUAUGGUCUGGGAGGUGUGAAUUUCAAAUGAACUCUUUCCCAUGUCACUUGUAUCUAAAUGUCACACGGAUAACAAUUCAAGGAAAAAAGGGGAAAAUGGGGAUGAAAAACAAUAUAUGACAUAUUAUGUAGUUUUAAACACAUUCCAACAAAAAAAUAUUGUUUUUUUUUUAACGCUCAAUUAGGGUAUGGCACUGAGGGUAUUAAAUAUAUAACUGAAAUUCCAAAUAAACUCCAUUAAAUUUUGACCUCUGUAUGUAAGCGGCACUU